AUGGAUUCUGACAUUAUGAACAUGAUGAUGCAACAAAUGGAGAAGCUUCCUGAAUUCUGUAACCCUAACUCAUCUUUCUUCGACCACAACAACAACAACAACAGCAGCACUUACCCUUUUCUCUUCAGCUCAAACCAUAACCAUCCUGACUCAGUCACACACGAACCGGGUUUCCGGUACAGUUCCGGUUUCCUCACAAACCCUUCUUCUCUCUCUUCCAACACAGCUUACUCUUCCGUUUUGCACGACAAAAGAAGCAACAGCAAUAACACGAACAUGGCGGCGAUGCGUGAGAUGAUCUUUCGAAUCGCCGUGAUGCAACCGAUACAUAUCGAUCCCGAGGCGGUUAAGCCACCGAAGAGGAGGAACGUUAGGAUCUCCAAAGAUCCACAGAGUGUGGCGGCUCGACAUCGGAGGGAGAGGAUAAGCGAGAGGAUUCGGAUUUUGCAACGGCUUGUUCCUGGUGGGACCAAGAUGGAUACAGCUUCGAUGCUCGACGAGGCUAUUCAUUAUGUGAAGUUUCUCAAGAAACAGGUUCAGUCGUUGGAGGAGCAAGCUGUGGUUAACGGCGGAGGAGGGCAAGGGGGUAGGGUUUUGAUCGGAGGCGGUGGAAUGACGGCGGCGGCGAGUGGUGGUGGCGGCGGUGGAGUUGUUAUGAAAGGGUGUGGAGCAAUGGGGACUCAUCAGCUGGUGGGCAAUGCACAGAUUCUUAGAUGA